ACGUACGUUUGCUUAUUUUGUGACUGCUACCCAUACAACGUACUGACUAAUACGUCCGUUUACUACCUUAUCGACAUCACGUGCUUGCAGACUAUUUUUACUCCCUUUCGUAAGGUACCGCCACUUCAUAGUGAAGCGAGUGAGAUGUAAAAUAUAUGUUCAUUCUUUUCUACAUGGGAAAGUGAUUGUCCGUAUAGGUUGUCCAACUAUAAUAUACUUAAACAAUGCUUGAACGUUACCAACUUAUUUUUCCCGCCAAAAUUCAAACCAAGUCAGAAUUGACACUCUUUAGUGUCAAUCUUCAUGUUGUUCGUCAAAAUUGUCCGUGUUUUUCGUUCUUAAAAUGUUGAUAAAAGUAGUAACUUUGACUGGCGAAGAAAAACUGAUCGACGUGGAACCCUCCGACAAGAUCAUCUCCAUUAAAGAAAAACUAGAAGAACGCGAAGGGAUACCACCUGAACAACAACGCUUAAUCCACCAAGGCAAGCAAUUAAAGGAUGAUCGGACCAUAGAAAGCUACAAGUUUAAAGGUGGCGCCAUUCUCCAUCUUGUGGUAGCACUGCGCGGAGGGUUUGUACUCAUUCUUUGAUCUUAAAACAAAAAUAAACACCACCAGUUCAA